UUUACUGUAUAUUGGUUUCCACAAAUGCGACAGAAAGUUAAAGAUUACAUUAGCAACUGUUUAAAAUGUAUUGAAUUUUCCCCUGCUAGUGGAAAAUCCGAAGGGUUUUUGCACAAUUUGAAUAAAGGUAGUCUGUCCUUCCAAACGGUCCAUAUCGAUCAUUACGGCCCUUUAGAAAAGUGCGGAAAAGGAUAUAAAUUCAUUUUGUCGGUAAUAGAUGGGUUUACAAAAUUCAUAAAGUUAUAUCCGUGUAAAACGACAAAAACCGAGGAAGUAAUAAAACACCUAACAGAAUAUUUUCGUACAUACAGUAAACCUAAGAGGAUUGUUAGCGACCGAGGGACUUGUUUUACUUCCGGUGCAUUUAAAGAAUUUUUGACCGGUAAUUCAAUUGAACAAAUAUUAAUAGCGGUUGGGACCCCAAGAGCAAACGGUCAGGUCGAACGGUUCAACCGUGUUAUAGCACCGAUGUUAGCUAAAUUGGUAGAAACACCCGGAAAAUGGGACCGUGUUUUAGGGUCGGUAGAACACGCCUUGAAUAAUACCGUCUGUAGAUCAACGGGAGAAAGUCCUUCCCGAUUGUUAUUCGGAAUCGCUCAGUUAGGUACGGUCUCGGACAAUUUGCGUUUAGCCUUGGAGUCAUAUUCCGAAGAUGUUACAAUACGUAGGAAAGCGGCUGAAAAUAUUGUGAAAGGUCAGCAAGAUAAUAAACGAGCGUAUGACAAAAAGCAUAAGACACCGACGGUAUACCAGGUUGGGGACUAUGUGAUGAUUCGCAAUUCCGAUGUCACCCCAGGAAUAAAUAAAAAAUUAAUUCCUAAAUUCAAGGGACCUUAUGUAGUUAAGAAAAUUUUAGAUCGCGAUAGAUAUGUAGUCACUGAUAUAGAAGGAUUCCAACUGACACGCAUUCCUUUCACUGGAAUCGUAGGACCUGAUCAGAUGAAAUUCUGGAUACGGUCAUAA